ACAGAGAAGUACUUCUCAAUAUAUAUAUAUAUAUAUAUAUAUAUAUAUAUAUAUAUAUAUGAAUGUAUUUCCAUCAAACAGAGCUGUUUCUACUUCAACUCAGCACGAGAAUGGCAACAACAUCAGCAUCACUGCCUGAGCAGCAACAGCCAGCUGGGGAAACCCUGAUGACUCCUGAAGUUGCAUCAAGCAGCAGCAGCAGUAGCAGUGCUUGGCAUUCUUCUGGGUCUCUUGGCCCAUUCUUUGUAGUGAUGUCAGUUCUAACAGUUCUUGCUAUUAUUUCGUGCUUGCUGGGAAAGAGGUGUACAAAAAGGGCAGCUUCUCCCAUGGAGAGUAUCGGAGACAGAGAUUUCUUUGGGUGGGUGAAGCGGAAGUGCAGGCCGCGGUGUAUAUCCGGCGAUGUUGAAAUUGGAGCAAAGAUUAUGGGAUUUGGCAAAGAGAAAAAUGGUGUCAACGUUAAAGAUGGUGAGAAUCAAUUACCUCCCCUAUAGGCUUGAUUAUUGAUGGUGGGUUUAUGCAAUCUGCAUGCGUGGAAAUAAUUUCAUAUUCAAGCUGCUGUAACAUUCCCUUUUUUUUUAUUAUUUAAUUUUUUUUUUUUAAGGGAGUUGUAAGAUCAGACUUUUUGGUUUUGUUUAAUUUGUACCUUGAUUCAUAUAUUUGAAUAUAUUUUUGCAUAUGUAUGCAUGCAUGCAUGUCACUCUCAAAAGAGAUUUCGUAAAUCAUAAAGAGAAGAACAAAGAAAAAAAGAUACCACCAAUUAAU